AUGUCACCCAUAGCGUUCAAACUUCCCUCUAGCAAAGUUAAUGGAGGAGAUGAGGAGAAGGGGGUUUCUCUUGUUUCAAUGGCAAGUGCUGAAGCAGAUAGUACGCUACCCAUAUCGCCCACAUUGAACAUAUCACCCAAACCGCCAUCCGACCCUAAUGUGGUCACCUGGGAGAAUGAUCAUGACUCAGAAAAUCCCCAAAACUGGCCCAAAGGAAAGAAAACUCGUGUUAUUGUGGUGAUUUCGCUCCUGGCGAGCAUAUCACCUCUAGCAUCCACAAUGACGGCGCCCGCACUCCCGGUCAUUGGGCAGGACCUCGACAUCACAUCACUUCCCGAAAGGCAGUUUACAUUGUCAAUCUUUAGUUUAGGCUACGCCAUCGGCCCACUUUUCUUGACGCCCCUCUCAGAGCUCUAUGGGCGCGUGUGGGUCGCCCAGCUCAGCAACCUGUGGUUUUUGAUCUUCAACACGGUGGGCGGAUUAUCCACAACUAGCGCUCAGAUGCUGAUUUUUCGCUUCCUCGCUGGAUUGGGAAGCUCAACCACGACCAGUAUCGGUGCUGGAGUGCUAGCGGAUUGCUACCAGCCAAGCAAUAUGGGCGCAGCUGCAGCCAUUUAUUCCGCGCUACCUAUCCUGGGUCCCGUUGUUGGACCAAUCAUCGGCGGAUUUUUGGUGCAACAUACGAGCUGGCGGUGGAUUUUCUAUGUGGUUUCCAUCUGGGAUGCGGUGGUGCAAGUCAUCGCCUAUUUCUUUCUGGAAGAAUCGUACGCCCCAUUAAUCUUGGAACAGAAACUGCAGCGACUCCAGAUCAAGAGCCAUUGUCCGGAGCUUCACGUUGCCCAUCCAUCUGAUCGGUCUCUGGAAAAGGUGCUGCGCCGAUCCGCGGUCCGUCCUUUACGCCUCUUGGGGACGCAGGUGCUUGUUCAAAUACUGGCGCUGUAUUUAGGGUUCUUGAGUGGUGUGGCGUACAUCCUUGAGUCGACUUUCCCAACGCUUUGGACAACAAAGUACGGAAUGUCCGAAUCAAUUGGAAGUCUGAACUACAUUGCCCUGGGCGUGGGAGCUAUCGCGGGGGCACAGAUCUGCUCUUUCGCCAAUGACAAAAUCUAUGCGAAGCUCUCGGCGCGCAAUGGCGGCGUGGGCUCUCCAGAUUUCCGACUGCCAACGAUGCUGGUAGGAGCAGUGCUGGUUCCCGUAUCCUUGUUUUGGUACGGGUGGUCAGCCGAGAAGAAACUUCACUGGAUUAUGCCCGAUAUUGGAGGGGUUAUUUUCUAUGCAGGGUUCCUCAUGGGCCUAAUCAACGUGCAUAUGUAUGUGAUCGACUGCUACGGAUCCAAUUCGGCUUCCGCAAUGGCGGCUGUCUCCUUGGUACAGUCAAUUUUUGGUGGUCUUUUCCCAUUAUUUGGGGGAGGUCUUUACGAUGUCAUGGGUUACGGCUGGGGAAACAGUCUGAUUGGAUUCAUCAGUUUGAUUCUGGGUAUUCCUUCUGUUGCUUUACUCUGGAGAUUCGGGGCUCAUCUGAGAAGUUGGAGUACAUAUGCAAGAAGGAGUUAG